AUGAGUGCACAUGGGAGUGAACAAGCAGGCCUGCCGUAUACACCACAAAGCACACAGUACAAUCUAUUCACUGAAAGAUUCCUUAGUGAGAAGGGACUUAAUAGGCACCACAUAGAAUCAUUUAACCAUUUUGUAGAACGAGAAAUAAAAACCGUUCUGCGCACAAAUAAUUUCAUAGAUUCAGAUGUAGACUCUGCAUUUUACAUGAAAUACACAGAUAUCAGGGUAGAGCCACCUUCAGUAGAAGAGAACAUGGUAAAAAGAUACAUUACCCCAGAGGAAUGCAGGAUCAGAAAUAUGACAUAUUCCGGGGACAUAGUAGUAGACGUAGAAUACACCAGAGGGAAAGACAUAAUUUCAUCAAGAAAUGUGGUUGUAGGGAAAAUGCCAAUUAUGCUGGGUAGUAGAUUAUCCUUGCAGCAGAAAGAUUUCAUGGAGAGUAACAUAGGAGUAAUAAGCAGUAAUAUAAGACAAAUUAAUAACCCGAAGUACACAAGACCAAAGAAUGAAUGUCCAUACGAUAUUGGUGGGUACUUUAUAUGCAAGGGCGUAGAGAGAGUGCUUUUAAUGCAGGAGCAAUUAGCAAAGAACAGAAUCUUAAUUGAAAAUGACUUCAGAGGGGAUCUGUGCGCUGUAGUCACAAGUUCUUCAUUGGAGAGAAAAAGUAAGACAAAAGUAGUCAUGAAGAAGAAGCUAUUAUAUCUAGCACAUAACUCACUGACUGAAGAUGUACCCUUGAAUAUAGUCAUGAAGGGCAUGGGUAUCACAACAGACCUAGAGAUAGAUAUUCUUAUUGGCCAGCCUACCCCAAGCAUAGUACACAUAAGGACAGAACUAGAAGCACUUGCAUGGAUUGGCAGCAGAAUAAAGACAAGGGCAGGUGGAAUUGAAGAAGCACGCUUAUUCCUUUGUGAUAUAAUCCUGGCACACAUCCCAGGGAUAGGCACAGAUAUGAGAAGAAAAGCAGAAUAUUUGUCAGUUAUGGCAAGAAUGCUCAUAGACACAGCAGAUGGAAAUGUAGAUUCAUUACAGAAUGAUAAGGACUUUGUAGGAAAUAAAAGGAUAGAACUCACAGGGCAAAUGCUUUCCUUGCUCUUUGAAGAUCUUCUGAAGAGGCUUAACACAGAAAUUAAAAAAGCACUUGACAGAGUACUCUGCAAAAGAGCCAGAGCACAGGAGAUGGAUGCCCUGCACUUCCUGGUGAUGAAUAGGGGUCUAAUUACAACAGGCUUAUUAAGGGCUAUUUCCACUGGAUCAUGGUCUCUUAAGAGAUUUCGCAUGGAAAGGGCAGGAAUCACACAGGUUCUCACUAGACUCAGUAGACUCUCAGCAAUUGGAAUGUGCUCCAGAGUCUCCUCUCAGUUUGAGAAAACAAGAAAGGUCUCUGGGCCACGUGCCCUGCACUGCUCGCAGUGGGGUGUCUUCUGUCCUGCUGAUACACCAGAGGGAGAAGCCUGUGGUCUUGUAAAGAGUCUUGCCAUGCUCACUGAAAUAACCCCAAAUGAAGACGAAAGUGGAGUUAUUUCUGCCCUGUCCUUCUUGGGGGUUGAAGAUAUCUCGGCUAUCUCACCUGGUGACUUAGAGGGUGCAAGCAAGUGCUGGGUAAACGGAGUCAUAAUCGGAACAUGCAGUGACCCAGAGAGAAUGGCACGAGAACUCAGAAAUGUCAGAAGAAGUGGCAGAAUACCCAGCACAGUAGGAGUGUGGGUGAAUAAAGACCUUUAUAUCUCAACGGAAACAGGCAGACUCACUCGUCCCCUAAUUAUCGUAGAGAACAGCCUCCCUAGGCUCACAAGAAAUCACAUACGCCUGCUAAGGGAAGGGUACAAGACAGUGAAUGACCUGUUGAAUGAAGGACUAAUUGAAUAUAUAGACCAGAAUGAAGCAAAGAACUCGCUGAUUGCCGUAUGGAGCACAGAGAUAACAGAUAAAACCACACACUUGGAGAUAGAUCCAGCUGCCAUCCUGGGGUACGUUGCAGGCGUAAUACCGUAUCCACAUCAUAAUCAGUCACCAAGAAAUACGUAUCAGUGCGCCAUGGGGAAGCAAGGUGUAGGGGUCACAGGCGUAGACCAAAGAAGAAGAAUGGACGGAGCAAACUUCUUCAUGGUCAACCCGCAGAGACCACUUGCUGCCACACGAGGCAUGGAAAUCAUCAAGUACAACGACCUGCCGGCAGGACAGAACCUGACAAUUGCUGUGAUGAGUAUGUCAGGGUACGACAUUGAAGACGCACUGGUCCUGAAUAAGGCAUCGAUUGACAGGGGAAUUGGAAGGGCCCUUUUAUUUAAGACGCACGCCCUCUCUUUGCGCACGUACCCAGGGGGAUCUGCUGACACAAUCGUAGGGGAGGGAAUUCCACCCCCUGGGAUGAAGGUCCAGGAAGGGACUACGUUCAUUGACAGAAGGACACCCAUGGGUAGCAAGGCAGGCGCAGUGUACAGGGGCCUGGAUGGUGCAUCCGUUGAUAAAACGGCAAUUAUGCGGACAGGAGAUGACUUAAUUACAAUUAAAACUGUCUUGAAGGAGCACAGAAUUCCCAGGAUUGGGGACAAGUUCAGCAGUAGGCACGGACAGAAGGGAGUAGUUGGUCUAAUCCUACCACAGGAAGAUAUGCCCUUUAAUGAGCUAGGGAUGUCCCCUGACUUAGUCAUGAAUCCUCACGGAUUUCCAUCCAGAAUGACAGUCGGUAAAAUCCUGGAGCUAGUCACUGGGAAGUGCAUCUCAAAUGGAUCAAAGAAAUUAACGCAAUAUGCAGCCACGGCCUUUGGGGGAGUUACAGCGCAGUCAAUUGCUGAUGAACUUGUCUCCUUAGGGUACAGUGAGACAGGGAAGGAGACCUUGGUCUGCGGUACAUCUGGGGAGCAGAUUCCCGUGCGAAUAUUUUUCGGCCCUGUCUUCUACCAGAGACUGAAGCACAUGGUGACAGACAAGAUGCACGCCAGGGCACGAGGACCCAGGGCAGUUCUGACUAGGCAGCCAACAGAAGGAAGGUGCAGGGAUGGUGGAUUUAGGCUUGGGGAAAUGGAGAGGGACUGUCUUAUUGGGUACGGGGCCUCUGAGAUUCUUAUUGAAAGACUUGUCAUCUCCUCAGAUAAAUUUAUGGCGCAUGUGUGCAGUGAGUGUAAAUUAAUUAUCAGCCCGAAUGGGUGCCCUGGCUGUAGUGCUGCAGUAGUGCAGAAGAUACAGAUGCCAUACGCGUGCAAGCUGCUUUUCCAAGAACUAAUCGCAAUGAAAAUAGCACCCAGAAUUAUCUUGAAGGAAUAA